AUGGCUGUCGGCGCAGGCACGUCUCACGCUGCAAAUGGCGUUCAUGACUCCAGCAAGCCCAUUGAGAUCGCCAUCGACUUGCCGCAGAGCCCUGGCAUUCGCGUCAAUGUCCACCUCACAACAUUGGAGACGUCCAUCUUACUAUUCCUGACGAGCUCGAGCACGGAAACUGCACAAGGCGCUGCAUCCAUGGGCAGCUUCGUGUACGCCAUGCCGGACGUAGGCUUUGGCACACAUCGACAAGUUCGUGAAUUGUACUGACAGCUGUUCUAGAGAUACAAUCCUACCCAACCAAUGAGCACCGCACUUUACACCAUGCCAUCUUCUCUCGACUUCACCACACGGAUCGCGAAGGUGCUUUGUCGACGACUGCAGAAGCCGUGCUAUGUUGGCUGCAGCAUCAACCUGUCGGGCGCUGCGGGUGGUGGCAGCGUGGAGGAGGAGAUGGAGGCGUUCCGCAACAUCGUCGAGGUUGUCACCACGAGAGCCUCUCGCUAG